GAGGAGAGAUGCUGAAGCUGCGGUAGGAGGGGGUUCGGUAGAGCUUUUGCACAUGCGCAGAACUGUUUACAACAUCCAUUUGUCACAUCUUUUGUUUGCACAAUUUCUAACAAGGAGUUCAGCCAAACGACAAGGAAAAACGUCUAGUAGGUUUCCUUCAUCAUGACAUCGCGUGCUGGUCCCAGAGCUGCUGGUACCAAUGGAAAUGACUUCAAACUCAGGGAGAGGGUGGCCCCACAUUACCAAAUGAGUGCUUCCUUGAAGUCGGAAGUACGGAAGUUAAACCUGGUCCACCUUCUGAUCUGGCUGCUGGUGGCAGCACAGGUGACUGUCAGCCAUUUCAACCUGGUGUCACAUGACACAGUGUCGAUGCCAUAUCAGUGGGAAUACCCAUACCUGCUCAGCUUCCUCCCUCUGCUCUGCAGCAGCAUGUCACUUCCAAAGAAUAAUAUCAGUUACAUGGUCAUAUCCAUGAUCACUGCAGGGCUGUUUUCUGUGGCACCUCUCAUUUAUGGUGGAAUGGAGAUGUUUCCUGUAGCACAACAGCUCUACCGCCAUGGGAAGGCCUACCGCUUCAUUUUUGGCUUCUCUGCUGUGACUGUUAUGUACCUAAUUAUGGUGAUUGCUGUUCAAGUGCACGCCUGGCAGUUAUAUUACAUGAAAAAGCUAUUAGACUCAUGGUUCAAUACCACUCAGGAGAAGAAGAAGAAAUAAUUUAGUGACAAAAACUGUGACUUGGGAAACUUUAAGUAAUUUGUACAGUUAAGUUAUAAGUCUUAUUUGUGUUUAUUUACACAGCCAUCAUUAUCAUGUUACAUCAUAUGUUUGACACUAGUGGCAUAGAUGUAAAAUAAAGCAAGAUGUAUGAUUUUUGCAGGAACCUGGAUUUUUGUCAUGAUUAUUUAAAGCAGAUGAUAAGUGUCUAGCACCUGCGAUCAGGAGUGGCAUCAAAGCAACAUCCGCAAAUGGCAUUCAGUCACUUUACACCCUGUUUAUCUCUGAGCCUAGACUACAGCUUUGUUCAAACAGAUAAACGAGUUAUUUGGGACAAUGAAAUAAGUGUUGCCAUGUUUUAAACAGAAUAGCUCAUACUCACAAGUGGGUCAGUGAUUUUUCCAGUACAAACAUUUUGCUUAGAAAUCGCAACCGUAUGUGUUUAAGGAAGCAGGUUUACCUUUGCUGCAGAUGUGCUGAUGUUAUCUCCUUCAUUAAGUCUACCUCUCGCAAUAUUUUCUUUCCUUCAGAGUGUAUGUAAACUAUUAAAAAGGAAGGUGGUAAUCACAAUAGUUACCCGUGCUGUUGUGUUUUGGUGCAUUCUCAUUAAGCAUAAGAAAGCCAGUUUAUAAAGCCUGUGUACAUAAAUAAAAUAUGCCUUGUAAACUAAAUAAAAAUAAAGUAAAUGCU